AUGGACAGGGAGGCUUCCCAAACCGAAUUGCGCGAAAAGGUUCCAGUCUUGGACAUUGACGAUACGACCUUUUGGCUACUGCAGCCCUUCUUCGACUGGGCUGGACUCCGAGGCCGUUAUCUCAUGUCAAACAUUAGCUCGAUCCGUACCGAGAUGGUUCCAGACUCAGUGACGCCGCCAUACAUACACACACCCAAAGCGGGCAAAGGGAUUGCUACGGCUCGCUGUUCAUUACAGAAGUCCCCGGACACGCACUGCGGAUGGGAGAAACUCCUUAGCUCGAACCCUAGGCAAGACCAGGAUACACAUCCUGAAGGAUGA